GUAUUUAUAAACAUUUAAAAUCUUUCACCAUUAAAUUAUUUUUGACUUUAUUUCUUUUAAAAACUCAUUCUUAAAAAGUUUCAUGAGAAAUUUACUUUCUUUGGGAUUAAUCCAGUGAUUAAUGAAAGUAGGUUACAAAAUUACAAACGUUUUCAUAGCGUGUAGUAGGUGGCAGUUAAGUUGGGUUAGAGGGAUGUCCCGUUUUGCGAAUUUGGAUGUGGUUGUUCUCGUCUGCGAUUUGUGAACAUGAAUUUGUGUAUAAUUAUGUUACAAUUUUGAAGUUGUAAGGUAUUUUUAUCUCUUAUUUACAACGUUGGAGAAGUCUGGGAAAAAUAAUGUAAUAUUUAUGCGGAUGCAUAGGUUAUACGCACCAUAUUUUAUGGUGUAAUCUUAUAAACUGAAAUGUUUAUUUAUACCUCAAUAUUUUGAGUUGUAGAACUUUGAAAAACAGUUUAAAUGGAGUCUAUAUCUACAACUAAAAGACGUCGGAUCACACAGAAUAUUAGUAUACCAACAAUACAAUGUAAACGGGAGUUUAAUUUACCACACAAAUUUCCAAGCAAAAUUGUGGAAAAGAAGAAUGUUGUGCAGAAAGUACCAAAUGUAACAAAUGCUGUUAACAACUCUGUAACAUUGAAAAAUUUCAACACUUUGAAAAGCGAAAACUUCUCAUCACCUAGUAAAGUAACAAAGUUAAGAAUAAGAUCACAAGACGGUAAGGAUCUUGGAGAAGUGAAAGUAAAAUUUUUAUCACAAGAAAAUGUGUUAAAUACUAAAACAAUUACCUUCAGCAAAGCUAGUUUGAAUCAUACAAUAAGUAAACCUAUAAAACUUUCCAUUAUGUCAUCAAAUAAUUCAGGCACAAUAAUGAAUUACAAGAGUUUACGAAAUGAUGUUAAAAUGUCGAAAGUGGCUGCAAAAUUAAUUUCUUCUAACAACUUAAAAGCUGAUUCUGAUAAACAGUCUGAUACAAAAGAGAAAAAUAACAAUAAAGUACAACUACAAUAUGCUUUACCUACAGUAAAUAAAAUUAAGCAGCUAAAUAAUGAUAAAUUGAUAUUAUUAAAGAAUAAUUCUCAUAAAUAUUCUGAGAAAGUUCAAGAUCUAAGUAAAAGUAUUCCAAAAUAUGUAACAAUAAAGAAAAAUAAAAUACUAUUUGUAAAUAAUCAACAAAAACAUGAUUCUAAUAGUAAAAAAGAUAUAAACCACACAGAUGAAAAUAAAAGUAAAAUGAACACAUCAAAUAUUCAGCAGGAUUUAGAUUCUGUAAAACAUCGGAAAUUAACAGAAUCAAAAUUUCCUGUAGUAAAAUGUAAGAAAUUCUCAAUAUUCAAGAAUAAAAGGAACUCUGAUGAAACUUUUAGAUCUUGUGUGAACACCAAUAAUACUGAAUCAAUAACUAACGCUGACCCAAAAAAUUGUAUUGUAGAGAAGAAUAUUAAUUCAUUCAAAAAUUCAUCUAGUAUGAAGCCGGUUAAUAAUACAGAGCAUAAUACAAAUAUUUCUAUAAACCCAUUAAAUUCUACAGACAAAGUGAUUCAUGUAACUUUUCAAAAUGGAGAAAAGAAUAGUUCUGUAAUUUUAGAUAAGAGAAGUAUACUUAAAAAACAAGAUGAUAAAAUUACUUUGGUACCUGCAAGUAAUAAACAAUUAAACAGUGAAAGUCAAAAUGUGUUUAAUGAUAUGCAUAAGUCAAAUUCUGACCAAAAUAAAACAAUAUCUAAUAAUAAUAAUAGCAUAAGAGUUAAAGAUUCAAUUUGUAAUGUUCACCAAAAUGAAACAUUACCUAAUGAUGACAGCACGAAGAGUGAAAAUUCGACUUCUGAAAAAAGUAAUGAUAAGAGUAAAGCUAAUGAAACAGGUUCUGCUGAAAUUCCUAAACAGGACAAACUAUUGCAGCAUUGGAACAUAAUUCAAGAAGCAGUGAUAAGUGUGAAAGACGAGGAACUUCGAACGAAAGCUUUACAAGCCCUAGCGGAUUGUGGAAUAGGCAUGCCAAAACAAGUUCCAAUUAGUCCACCAGAAAAAUUAAAAACAGUUCAUGAUUCUCCAAUUCAAACAGAUGUAUUUGGACUAUUAGAUUUAGAAAAUUUUGUAUUAGUAAAAGAAGAUACACCUGUUUUGAAAAGAAUAAAACAAACAGAACAGUCAACUGUUCACCCACCUACUAUAAAUGCAGCAACACAAGUACAUUCUGUAGUGAACGUAAAUAGAAAUAUUGAUGAUAUAAAUUUAUUCCCAAGUUUGACUCCAGUAUGUAGCCAAGAUGUUCUUGAAUUAGAUAAUUAUUUCAAUGAAUAUUUUAGUGAAAAUACAGAUGUAGAUAGAGUUAAAAAAGUAUUAUCCACACACCAUUCAUUGUAUAAUAAAGUUUCCACCCAGCUGAAAAUUGAUCAUGAAGGAAUGCAACAAUUUGAUGAAUCAGGUAUGCUUAAUAUACAUAGAGCUGUGGUAAAUAACCAGUUGCAAGAAGUACAAAGACUGUUACUGGUACUACAAGCAUCUAAAAUCGAUAUUGAUGUACUCACAGAGGAUGGAGAGACGUGUUUAGAGUUAGCAGUUAAGUAUAAUUCAUCUGAGGAUAUAGUCACCGUGUUACUAGAAGCUGGGGCAAAACCAAUUACAUCUGAACUGUUGCAUGAAUCCGCGAUUCUGUUAGCAAGCAAAUGUUCUUCCCCAUUAUUGCCAGUUUUCCUGAAAUACGUAACAUAUCCUGAACUACUCAAUCAAAUGGAUUCCCUAGGAUUUGCCGCAUUGCACUAUUGUGCACUCUCUGGUAAUUUAGAAGGUGUCAGCGCUUUGAUAGAAGCUGGCGCAAACGUGAAUUUAAAAGAUAGUCGUUCGGGGAGAACUCCAUUCUUUCACGCUCUCGAAAAUAAUCAUGUACAGGUUGCGCAGAAGUUAUUGGUUAAUGGAGCAGUCGCGAAUCUCCCAAAUUUUUCCGGACAGACUGUUCUGGCUUUAAUAGACGAAACGAAGAGCCUUUCUAUAAAAGCUGCAUUGAAACAUGUAAUGACAACAUAGCUUUUUUUAUAUGGGAAGGUUAAUUCUAAUUAUAAGAAUAGUUUUAAAAAAUUACUACUUACAUCACAUCACAAUAACUAGUCCUUUAAUUAUUAGGUAAGCAACAAUUAUUUUGCCCGAUUAAAGCAAAAAGUAGUAAAAGAUUCAUUCUGUACAAAUUGAAAUUGUGAUUUGUAAAAGUAAUACUGUAAAUACAGUAGGAAUAUUGCAAUUUUAUUAUUAUAACGACGUAAUCAAACUUUUAACUUUUCUUUAAGAAUCAUUGUAUUGUUAGAUUUUUUAAAUCUACAACAAAUUAUUUUCUCAUAUACACGAACAGACUUUUUUCUGUUGAUAGUUUGUUAUAUAAAUGUUGUAUUAAGUUUUUAAUUAAUACAAUACAUCACGAUUGUAGUUACAGUUUUUAAAAAUUUACGAUUGGGUAUUUUCAUUAUUUUUUAUUAAAAGACAUUUUGAUGCUACUAAAGUGAUCAUACUUUUCAAUGUUUCAACGACAUUAUCAUUGAAUUAUUGUUAACUGAUUUUAGAAUAAUUUAUUUUAUCCAGAAUUUUGUUCUGUUUGUACGAUUACUGCCAAUUGUAGCUAUUCUUUUGUAUUUGUAGCAACUGUAAUAUUAAUAAACAGAUAUCAACAUUGAAAAUAAUGUACCUAAUAUAGUUAAUAAUGUCUAUUAAAUAAAUAACUAUUGACGGUAUCAUCAUAUACUGUACAAGAAUAACUCUACUAAUGAAAUAAAAAUAAUGCUUUCAUACCAAAAUUUA